CGAUGACGAUGGUGUCCAGACCUCAGCAGCCAGUAUCAGAGAUGAUAUAAAGACCCCCUUCCGGUCGCUCAGAAGAUAAGUCUACGAGACAAUCAUCUCUACCAAACACUUUUACCACAGCCUCUACCCCCGAUCUAAUCAUGGCCGAACGAGCAGAAGCCCAAUGGGUGCACAUCCGCGUCGUCAACUCCCUAUCCUUCGACACCCUCAGUGUCAGAAACACCUGGCUGGGCUGGGGCAAAUUCCACAAAGAAAACAACAAGAGCGCCGAAAUCCCCGUUUCCGACAUCAACGCACUCCGGGCAGCUCCUGGCGGGUCCUUCAACGUCUUCGCGUGCGGCAGAGCACACUCGCCCUCUGGCACAGAGGGAAGCUUCGAUGUGUUCAAUGGAGAUGUACGCGUCGCUUACAUCUACUGGGACUGUCCUUGGGGCUCGAAGCGCAACCAGUUCCGCGUUGACAGGAUUGCUGAUGAUUACUGGGUGGAGACCGGUUAUUGGAAUCAAUCGGGCGGUGCUAUUGGUAGUGUUACGGUCGAAAUUGGGAGGAGGGAUCGGGCGAUUCGGUCGAGUCUGUAGAUAGGGUGGAAUCUGUGCUUCUUGUCCUGCUAAUGCAGGAGUGGUUGGAUUGUUGAGAUUAUGUGUUUGGGUAGAGGGUGAUGGAUCGGUGUGAUGUGGUUGAGUCAUGAUUAACUCCUUG